UUCCCCCGGUGCUGCUUUCUUUCCCCCGGUGGUCUUUUCUUUCUCCCGGUGCCUGCGGGUGUUGAGCCUCCCGGGAAGGGGCAGCAGGUGGAUGAGAGCAGCGCCCAGCUGAGGCUGUUAGCGCGCUUUCCCUUGUGUGUUUCCGAGUAUAACUUGCCAGAGAACGAUGGCUGAUGAGGGGGGAAACUAUGUUUCCACGGAAGUGUGUGAUGUGUUGGAAUCGGUUUCUUUUCUGAAUACAGAGGGCAAACCUUCACCCUUGGAGUCAACAGUGCUGCCUAAUACAGAGGAGCAGCAGGUGUAUGAGCCUUUGAAAGUCUUCUUGAGAGUGAGGCCCUUUUCUAUAGCAGAGCUUGAAAGCCAUGAAUCCCAGGGUUGUGUAACUAUUAAAGAUGCCCAGACAGUAAUUCUUAGUGCACCCAAAGAGUCUUCUGCAAUGAAAAACAGUGAGAGAGGGAUUGGUCAUGCUAUGCACAGCUUUACCUUUACUCAGGUCUUUGGACCAGAAACUACUCAGAGUGAAUUUUUUGAAGACUCAACAAAAGAUAUUGUAAGAGCAUAUGUUAAUGGAGUGAAUGGACUGGUAUUUACUUAUGGAGUUACAAAUGCAGGCAAGACAUUCACUAUCCAAGGGACUUCAAAAGAUCUUGGUAUUUUACCUCGCUCACUUGAUGUGAUUUUUAACCACAUAAGAGGAAGACAUUACCUGAAGAUGAACCUCAAACCAUAUUUGAGCAAUGAUGUUAAGAAACUAGAAGAUGAACAAGUUAAGCAAGAAGAAGCCUUAAAAGCUGCUAUUCUUGCAUCACUGAAAGAGGAGACAGAAAGCAUCUCAAAUACUGCAACAAACUUCUGCGAAGUGAAGUUGGAUUCUUCUAACUGUACUUUAGACAAUCAUCCUUCUAACUCCCUAGGGAAGAACUUUGCUCCACUUGACAUUCAUAGGACUAAUAUGCACCAAAGAACACAAGCAUCUGUGUGGAUUUCCUUUUGUGAAAUUUAUAAUGAAUAUGUGUAUGACCUAUUAAAUAUUUUAUCUGCAUCAAAACCUCAAAGGCGCAGAGUUUUAAGAAUUUGUGAGGAUCAAGGAGGAAAUUGUUACAUUAAAGAUUUAAAGUGGAUUAAUGUUCAGAGCACUGAAGAAGCCUGCCGACUACUAAAAAUAGGAAACAAGAACCGAAGCUUUGCCUGUACUAGAAUGAAUGAGCAAUCAAGUAGAAGUCACAGUAUAUUUUCCAUCAGACUGCUCAAGCUAACUGAUGAGCAUCAGCCACGUGUUCUUGGAGUAUCAGAGUUGUCUUUCUGUGACUUGGCUGGUUCAGAGAGGUGUAAUAAAACACAUGUCUUUGGAGACAGACUAAAAGAAGCAGGAAAUAUUAAUAAUUCUCUUCACAUCCUUGGAAAGUGCAUUGCAGCAUUGAAGCAAAAUCAAAACCCAAAGAUGAAGCCAAGCUAUAUUCCAUUCAGAGAGAGUAAAUUGACUCGUCUGUUUCAGCCAUUUUUUUGUGGGAAAGGCAAAGCUUGUAUGAUUGUAAAUAUCAAUCAGCAUACUUCCACAUAUGAUGAAACACUGCAUGUAAUGAAAUUUUCAGCUAUAGCCAGACAGGUUAUCCAGACAAUCCUGCCCAAAAAUUUUGGUUACUUUCCACCAAAGCUAGUUGGAGGUGAUGGCAAACCUAUCAUGCACUUUGAUGCUAACACAUCUGUAGAGGGCUUUGCUGGCAGUGCUGAAACCUCUGCAGAAGAGGAAGUGGACAUCACCAUUCUGAGUCAUGAGGAGCUCUUGAAAGCUGCAGAAGACUUAAAGGAGAAGGUAGCUGCAGAAAGGCAAAGUAAGCUCUUUCUGGAGGUGAAGAUCCGUAAAGAGAUGGCAGAAGCAAUGUUUCAACAGCUGUUGGAAACAGAGGAAGCCUGGAGCAACCGCUUGGAAGAUAUGAAGGACAGUUAUGAGGAAAAGCUCGAGAGCAAAUUUGAAAUGUAUAAAGAGGCCAUUAAGAAACAUGCAUAUAUGUGUGCAAUGGAACAAAUUGAAGACCAUUAUGUUCCUAUAGAAGAAUUUCUAGCUGAACAAGAGAAAGUUGAGGAUAGAGAGAGGAAAAUACUGCAAUUGGAAAGACAACUUGAUGAACAGUCAGGGAAGCUGUUGGCUCUGGGAAAUCUGAGCUCAGAUGUUCCAACUACUGAAAAUAACAUGGAACAAGAUCUUAUGGACAGAACAAUGAAGAGAGCCACUGAAGUAUUGCAGAAACAAUGUGAAGAGAAGGAAGAGCUAAUAAAAUCUCUGAAGUUUAAAAUACAGAAACUAAAUGAAACCCUGCUAGAAGCUAAUGAAGGCUACAGAAAAAUGGCAGAAGAAAACAGUCAACUGAAGCACACAAUCAUGCUCAAGGAUCAAGAAAUGACCAGUCUUCAGAACUGGGCUAAACGUGUUCUUGAGCUUGAAGAAACAGUGUCUUCCCUGCAAAAGGAGCUUGGAGAACAGAAAAAACAUUUCUUUGCAGAGGAGUCAAAGCAGCAGAAACCCAGGAGAGGUUUGCUGGCUAACCUGAAAUCCACAGUGGCAUCCACUGCUGGUACACCUCUUGGUAAAGGCUGGGGGAAGUAUGAAGAGGCUUCACCCAGUUCAAGAAAACCAGUAUUGCUGCCUCAUAAAGCAAAAGAAUAGUAUUUGAUAAAUCAAAGUGUGCAAUUAUUGGGCUUCUUUAUUAGUCCUAAACUGUUGGUAGCUCUUUCUCACUCUUAGAUGCCAUCUUCACUGUCAUGUUGACUGACAGAAAAAUGUUUAAUACAGAAGUUUUUAAAUUGAAUCAGAGUUGAAUUUAGAGCUAUAAAAGUUUGGGUCUAGACAUGUACUUCUACUGUUGAUAUAGGGUUGCAAUUUGAGAAAUAUAUAUAUUUUAAUUCUGGAGUAGCUGUUAUCAUGGUCUUCUGUGCUGAUAAAUGUGUGGCUCAUGCAAAGUGGGAUGUCCCUCAUCUGCUGUUCACUAUGUUUUUAUGUUAUUUUAUUUCAUUGCUGGAAAUCAGAUGACUUAGUUAAAACAGUGUGGUUCUUCAGUUAAUAUUCUGGUUUUGACCUGGAGACUCUGUUCUUGGGACCAAACCUAAGAAAACUGCUACAGAAGGCAAUGAAAUGCAAUCUGAUCUGGCUCCAUGCUAUUUUGCAGAUAACUUGGCUUUGUAGAUAAAUUUUUAAAAUAAAAUUUGA